AUGGCUGACUACACCAUGUUCCACGCCCUCGGCCAGGGCGAACAGCUCGACCCCAACGACCCUCGUCUCACCCAGCCGGCCGCUCCCAUGUUCCAACCCCCCAUCGCCCCUCAGUCCUACCUCCAGCCGCAGCAGCCAGGCGCUCAGCCAUACGGAGUGGCGGCUGCUCCUCCGGGCCUGCUUGCUCCAGCACAGGCGCUGAGCCGGGCCACGAGCGCGUACGACCUGCGGGCACAGGACAACCCGGGCUUUGGCCCGCGUCCCGGCACAGCUGACGACAGCUUAGCAGCCCAGAUGGGCGGCAUGUCUCUCGGUGUCGACGGCCAUCACGCGGCACGACGGAAGAAGAAGGAUCGUCACGCCUACCACACGGUCGAGGCACCCGUCGGCUCAUCCAUGGGCUUCUUAGCAAAUCCUGCCGGCUCUGAGCUGAUCCCGGGCGCGUCUGGUUUCGUCCCUGCGGCGUCCAUGAUGCCCGGCUCCCCGUUUCCAGCAGCAGCAAACGCGCCUUACACGCCUGCCAACCCCGCUGAUCCGGCCAGCUUUGCGGCGAGAAGCGGAGGCGGCGUCGGCUUUGGUGUGCCUGGGGCUGCUCCUGAGGUGGGCGCGUCGCCUGCCGUUGUCGCAGCCUCGGGCCAGCAGAAGGUAUCUCCCGACGACAUCCCCAGCAUUCCACUGGCGCGAGACACAGCACAGCAGCACUUCCUCACCAACAUAUAUCCGACGUUUGAGCGCCAUGUUGCGCCGCCGGCUUCGAUCUCGUUUGUCGCUCUCGACCAAGGCAAUGCGUCGCCCAAGUUCGCGCGGCUCACGAUGAAUAACAUCCCGGCCACGGCCGAGGGCCUCCACAGCACCGGACUGCCGCUGGGACUGCUCCUGCAGCCGCUCGCCCCGCUGCAGACGGGCGAGUCGCCCAUCCCGGUGCUCGACUUUGGCGAGGCCGGCCCGCCUCGGUGUCGCCGGUGCCGCGCCUACAUCAACCCGUUCAUGGUCUUCCGCUCGGGCGGCAACAAGUUUGUGUGCAAUCUGUGCACGUACCCCAACGAGACGUCGGCCGAGUAUUUUUGCGCGACGUCGCCGCAGGGCGUGCGCAUCGACCGCGACCAGCGCCCAGAGCUGUGUCGCGGCACGGUCGAGUUUGUGGUGCCUAAGGAGUACUACACCAAGGACCCGGUCGGGCUGCGCUGGCUGUUUGUCAUCGACGCCACGCAGGACUCGUAUAACAAGGGUUUCCUCGAGGCCUUUUGCGAGGGCAUCCUCGGCGCGCUCUACGGCGGCGAAGCGGCCCAGGAGGCGGCCAGUGAGGACGACGAGCCCCGACGGAGCAUACCGGCCAACGCCCGCGUCGGCUUUGUGACCUUUGACAAGGAGGUCCAGUUCUACAACGUCAGCGCCAAUCUAGAACAGGCGCAGAUGAUGGUAAUGCCCGAUAUCGAAGAUCCGUUUGUCCCUCUCAGCGACGGGCUGUUUGUGGAUCCUUACGAGUCGCGGGCGGUGAUCACGUCGCUCUUGACGAGGCUGCCACAGAUGUUCUCGACCAUCAAGAACCCGGAGCCGGCACUGCUCUCGACGCUCAACGCUGCCAUAUCGGCUCUGGAAGCCACCGGCGGCAAGGUAAUCUGCUCGAUCUCGGGACUGCCGACCUGGGGUCCCGGCCGGUUGUUUUUGCGCGACGACGGCAAACACAUUGGCGGCGAGAUUGACAAGAAGCUGUACACGACCGAGCAUCCGGCAUGGAAGAAGGUAGCCGAGCGGAUGGUGGCUGCUGGCAUCGGCACGGACUUUUUCAUGGCUGCGCCGUCGGGAGGCUUUCUGGACGUGGCCACGAUUGGACAUGUGUCGUCGACCACGGGCGGCGAAGGGUUCUACUAUCCCAACUUUGUGGCAGGCCGAGACAACGCCAAGCUGUCAGCCGAGGUGAAGCACGCAGUGACGCGCGAGACAGGCUACCAGGCGCUGGUCAAGGUGCGGUGCUCAAACGGACUGCAGGUGCUGGGCUACCACGGAAACUUCAUCCAGCACACAUUCGAGGCGGACCUGGAAAUGGGGUCGAUCGACGCAGACAAGGCACUGGCGAUCACGUUCAGCUACGACGGCAAGCUGGACGCGAAGCUGGACGCACACUUCCAGUCGGCACUGCUGUACACAACGGCCAGCGGACAGCGACGGGUGCGCUGCAGCAACGUGAUUGCGAGUGUGAGCGAGAGCGCGCGCGAGGCGAUGAAGUUUGUGGACCAGGACGCGGUGUGUUCGGUGUUGGCCAAGGAGGCGGCGACGCGGCUGGGCCACACGUCCAGCUCGCUGCGUGAAGUGCGGCAGGGGCUGACGGAGAAGACGAUCAGCAUUCUAGCGGGCUAUCGGAAGAACCACGCGUCGCAGUCACACCCGCCGAGCCAGCUGAUCAUGCCGGAGCGGCUCAAGGAGUUCAGCAUGUACAUGCUGGGCCUGCUAAAGUGCCGGGCCUUCAAGGGUGGCAGUGAGGCGACAGACCGGCGCGUGCACGAGAUGCGCAUGGUUCGAUGCAUGGGGGCACUGGAACUGAGCCUGUAUCUGUACCCGCGCAUCAUCCCGUUGCACACCCUGCAGCCGGAGGAGGGCUUCCCGGACCCGGAGACGGGCCACCUGCGACUACCGCCGGCCAUGCGCGCGACGUUUGCGCGUGUUGAGCCGGGUGGCGUGUACCUGGUCGACAACGGCCAGCAGUGUCUGAUCUGGCUGGAGAAACAGACGUCGCCCAAUCUGAUCGCCGACCUCUUUGGCGAGGACCGCCAGACGCUGCAGAGCCUGGAUCCCUAUGCGUCGUCGCUGCCGGUGCUGCAGACGCUGCUCAACGCCCAGGUCCGCAACAUUCUCGAGUUUCUCAAGACCCUGCGCGGGUCCAAGGGCCUGACCAUUCAGCUGGCCCGCCAGGGCCUUGACGGCGCCGAGUUUGAAUUUGCCCGCCUGCUGGUUGAGGACCGCAACAACGAGGCCCAGAGCUACGUCGAUUGGUUGGUGCACAUCCACAAGGGCGUGCAACUAGAGCUUGGCGGCCAGCGAAAACGCGAGGACUACGGGGAUGGAUCGAUGACCUCGUUUGCCGGACUACGAUCUUCGUACUGGUAA